CCCGUCCGCGCCCCGCCCCGGCCGGCCCGGCCCCGCCCCGCUGAAGGUUAAGAGGCCCGCAGAGCCGGGAGCUCCCGACAGACGGUCACUCUUUGGGGGGGCGAGCGGGUUUGGUUGUCAUGGCGACGGCACGGCUGGCCUGGGCCCUGCGGGCGGCCCCUGUGAGCCGAAGGCUGCGCGGCCCUCGAGGCACUGGGGGCGCCCGGGGGCUGAGUGGCAGCGCGCGGCGGCGGGCGGCCAGGGGCACCAGCCCCGGGCGCCGGCUCAGCACGGCCUGGGCGCCUGCCCGAGAGGAUGCCGACGAGGGCGCUGGGGAUGGCGCCCCCUCGCCUGCAGUGGAGGAGCCGUCGUGGAAGCCACCCCCCACGUCCCCCGUGCCCCCCGACCCUCCGGGGCCCCCGGCCGGCCGCUCGCUGGUGCAGCGGGACAUCCAGGUCUUCCUGAACCAGUGUGGGGCCAGCCCAGGAGAGGCGCGCCACUGGCUCUCGGAGUUCCAGACCUGCCACCACUCCACAGACAGGCCCUUCGCCGUCAUCGAGGUGGAAGACGAGGUGCUCAAGUGCCAGCAGGCCAUGUCCAGCCUGGCUUUUGCCCUGGCCUUCCUGCAACGCAUGGACAUGAAGCCUCUGGUGGUUCUGGGGCUGCCGGCUCCCACUGCGCCCUCAGGCUGUCUUUCCUUCUGGGAGGCCAAGGCACAGCUUGCCCAGAGAUGCAAGGUGCUGGUGAACACGCUGCGGCACAAUGCCGCCACCGCUGUGCCUUUUUUUGGUGGUGGGUCGGUACUGGGAGCUGCUGAGCCAGCCCCUCAUGCCAGCUACAGCGGCAUCGUCUCGGUGGAGACGGACCUGCUACAGUGGUGCCUGGAGUCGGGUAGCAUUCCCAUCCUGUGCCCCAUCGGGGAGACGGCUGCGCGCCGCUCCGUGCUCCUCGACUCGCUGGAGGUGACCGCGGCCCUGGCCAAGGCGCUGCAGCCCACCAAAAUUAUCUUCCUCAAUACUACAGGCGGCAUAUGCGACAGCAGUCACAAGGUCCUGAGUAACGUGAACUUGCCCGCCGACCUGGACCUGGUGACCAAUGCGGAGUGGGUGAGCACCAAAGAACGGCAGCAGAUGCGGCUCAUCGUGGACGUGCUCAGUCGCCUGCCCCACCACUCCUCGGCGGUCAUCACCGCCGCCAGCACGCUGCUCACGGAGCUCUUCAGCAACAAGGGGUCCGGGACCCUGUUCAAGAACGCCGAACGGAUGCUGCGAGUGCGCAGUCUGGACAGCCUGGACCAGGACCGCUUAGUGAACCUGGUCAACGCCAGCUUUGGCAAGAAGCUGCGGGACGACUAUCUGGCCUCGCUACGCCCGCGACUGCACUCUGUCUACGUCUCUGAGGGGUACAACGCGGCCGCCAUUCUGACCACGGAGCCCGUACUGGGGGGCACCCCGUAUCUAGACAAGUUUGUGGUGAGUUCCAGCCGCCAGGGCCAAGGCUCCGGCCAGAUGCUGUGGGAGCGCCUGCGGCGGGACCUGCAGACGCUUUUCUGGCGCUCCCGGGUCACCAACCCCAUCAACCCCUGGUACUUCAAACACAGUGAUGGCAGCUUCUCCAACAAGCAGUGGAUCUUCUUCUGGUUUGGCCUGGCCGACAUCCGGGACUCUUAUGAGCUGGUCAACCAUGCCAAGGGGCUGCCGGACUCCUUCUGCAAGCCGGCUUCUGACCCAGGCAGCUGACCUUCUCCACCAGCCCUGUAGGCCCUGGGACAGCCAGGGUGGACCAAAAGCCAUGCCUGCUGGAGGUGUCCCCAGGCAGCCAGACCAGGCUUGCUGGCUGAGUGAUCUGCAGAGGAGGUGGCCCCUACUCUGCCGCGCCCAGAGCGGGGCACCUGAGUGAGGACAAGUACAGGAAGAAGGGCCUGCCCAAGAUCCCCAACUUGCUCCAAAGCCACAACCAGAUGGCCUCCAAUUUUCAGUCCAGGGAUUUGGGGGGAGGAGGGCAGGGCUCUACUCAGGGCUUAAGGAUGGGCCAGUCUGUGGCCUCUGUGCUCUUCGGAGGCUCCCUUGCCCAAAUGCUCACCCACAUCUGCCUGAGACUCCACCACUCAUUUGAAUUCCUUCAGGUCUUGCAACUUCUCAGGAGGCCUUGAUUAAAAUGCAAAUUCUUGUCUGA